UAGCUUUAAUACGCUGUUUUAUUAUUCUAGCGAGGUUAUUGCUCUCACUAGCUAGCUGGUUUCAUGUUGAAAAAUGUACUCCACGAGAAGAAUUUUCUUUGUGCGAGUGCGAGCAAGCCUGUCAGCAGUUGGAUCAUUUCUUUUAUUUAAUAUAGAACACCCAACGCAGAUGCAAAGUUGGAGCCCUAGGAGGACUAACUGAUGGAUCAGGAUGGAGCUAUAGACGUCGACGCCUCACCUCGGGCACCGCUACCCAAGCUGAAAUCUGUAAUUAACGGAGGUUCUUCUUCCUCUCUUUCCCAUCCCAGGAAAACUGAAGGCCGUAGCAGAGAGGAGGCUGAUGUCGACCGCCAGACAAUCCUUGCGUCUUGUGACUUUGAUUCCCUCAACUCUGAUGGUGGUCCUGGCCCCAAGAAAUCUGACCAACCUCUGCUUAUCCCUCCCGCGUACACUACUGUGCUUAUUUCCAAUAAAAAAACUCCACUUAAUGGCUUUCAGAAGCUUGAAGGUGUUCCCAAGCUCUAUACUUACGAAGAACUAGCGAAGGCAACUGGUAGUUUCUCUAACAAGAACCAGCUUGGUGUGGGUGGCUGUGGUCAAGUUUUUAAGGGAGAAUUUCCCAAUGGUGAAGUGGUUGCAAUCAAGAAGCUUAAAUAUGAGGCUGGACAGUCACAGGCGGAAAUGAAAGCUGCACAACUUCAAUUUGAGGUUGAGAUUCAAACUCUUAUUCGCAUCCGUCACCGGAAUCUUGUCAAGCUGUUAGGGUACUGCAAUGAUGAAGCGGACAGAUUGUUUGUUUGUGAGUUCGUUCCCAACAACUCCUUGAAAUCUCAUUUGCACGGAAAUAACAUUGCAGGAAAUGGAAACUCCAUUGUCAUUUGGUCAAACAGAAUGAAAAUCGCCUUAGGCACUGCAAAAGGAUUGACAUAUUUGCAUGAAGGGUGUAAUCCCAGGGUCAUCCAUCGGGAUAUCAAAAGUGAGAAUAUUCUUCUUGAUAAAAAUUUUGAACCAAAGAUCGCAGAUUUUGGACUUGCCAAAGACCCUUCAGAUUCUACUAGUCACAUUUCCACUGAACCAAAGGGAACUUUUGGUUAUUUUGCUCCUGAGUGUUUCAACAAUAGGCAGCUCACUGAUAAGUCUGAUGUCUUUUCCUUUGGUAUUGUGCUUUUGGAGUUGAUUACUGGGAAACCUGCUGUUGAUGAUGAAGGCAAUGAUCGCAUUAACUUAGCUGAUUGGGCAAGGCCUCGGCUCAAACAAGCUUUGUAUAGAGGCAAAUAUAGUGUUCUUGUUGAUUCCAAAUUGCAGAAGGCCUAUAAGAAAAAGGAUUUGGCUCGAAUGACUUGUUGUGCUGCAGCUUGUGUUUAUAAACCUGCAAAGUUUCGCCCAAAAAUGAGCCAGAUAGUUGAAGUCCUACAGGGAAAUAUGGUUAGGAAGCGUAUAUGGCGUAGAACUGACAAAAAAUUCCUAUAUGAUGGGUCACCGUACUACUCAUCGUUGCCCGAGGGAAGCUCAUAUUCUAGUUACAAAGGGUUGAUUUCACAUUGUUGGGGAGCUUAUUGAAUAAAUUAUUGUCUUAUUUUUUGUUGUUCUCUGUAGAUAAAAUAAUGUUUCUUAUUUUUUGUUUUUCUGUGGAUCACUUUGAAAAGCCAAGCCUAAUUGCUGUGUU